AUGUCAAAUUACAAGAAACCCCCAAAGAUAAAUAUUGAGAGGGAGGGGAGAGUCAAACUGUCAAAGAAGGAAGUUAAAAAGGGUGGAGGGGGUGCUUGAAAUACGCAGGGUGAGAAAGCAGAAACCCAGAAGGAAAGAGAGAGAAAGGAUGGAUAUUGAUAAACCAACAACAGUGAUAUGCACAGUGCUAGCAAUGGAUCAAUCCAGCUUUUGUUACAAAGCCUGCUCAAAUUGUGAAACGCCAAUGCCUGACAGCCCUUCCCAUACGUUUUGCAACACCUGCGAAGGUCGCCGCUGCCCCUUCAAGCGUCUCUUUCGCCUUCUUUUCUCAAUAGCAACAGACACAAAGGUUUUAAACGUGGUGUGCUUUGAUAGGGCUGCUAAGGUCAUCUUUGGUUGUUCUGCUCAGCAAUUCUUUGACUUUGCGACCCUUCACCCUUAUGCUGCUAAAAAUGCUAGUAAUGCUUUGGUGGGAGAAAUGUUCAGAAUCACUUUGAGCAAGCCUAAAAGGGGUAAUGCAGAGCAUCUGCGAAUGACAUCAGUUGUUCCUUUGAGGUCUGGUUUUCAGCCAGUGAUUGAGACCUUGAAAGAUCUAUAUCGAGUAAUAUAUGGGGCUGAGGGUUCAGGGGGCUUCAUGUAAUGUUAGAAAGCUGAUUGGGAGAUGUUUUUUUGGUCUCUAUUGAGAAUGGUGGGGUUAUUCUUUUGUCCAGGAUAGAGGGAGCUUGAGUCUUUUGAAGGAGUUUUGGAGAGAUAUACCAGGCUGAGUGUAGAAUUUCACUGGUAUAUAAACCAAAUCUUCAUGUUCUCUUGUCAUUUUUGUAUCUUGUUCAGAAGGAGGAGAAAAUGUUAUUCCCUCCGGUUGAUGAAAUUUGCACUGCUCUUAAAAAAAAAAAAAAGGCCGCUUAGUAUUCUUUGUUCAGCACAAAGCUUCAGUGAUGUUCUAGACUAGGUUGAGCUAAGGUAUUUUGUAAGAUUGUUUAAUGCGACCAUUUGGUGCUUGUGUAGCUUUUGGUUAUGGUAAUUCUAUCAAUUUCUGAGAAACGUUGUACUAGAAUAUUGGGAUUUGGAGCUCAUUAUGAGGUUAUUAGAGUGAAUAACUUUUCUA